AUGUUGUUAAAAGGAAUAUUAUAUGGUUUAUUGGGAUCAUCAAUAAGUACAAUAUUUUGGGAUGUAUCAGUGAUUACAUUAUCGCCACCCCCGAGACCAAUUGGAUCUUCUUCAUCAAAGAGAAGAAAUAUAUUGGCAACAUUAUUGGGUGGAUCAAACGUAGCAGGAUGGGUAUUGGCCAAACCAGUAACCGAAGCAAUUCUAUCUAUACAAACCCCAUCGGUCAAGUAUGGCAUGAUCUUUUUAGAUCUUGGUCUACUAUUUAGUUGCUAUAUUGGUUGGGGAUUCGAUAUAGGUGCAUUGCUACGAUACUUUAAUACUGGUCGUUCACAAUUCAAUACUGGUAUCAUCGAUGAACUCGAAGAAUCAUCUCGUGUUGCAGUACUAGACUAUGCCAGAUUAUACACUGUCAUUAUGUUGGCUGUUAUUCAUGUUCCUCUUUUGAGAUGUACAAUUAAACUUUCUGCUAUUCGAGUUUCAAUUUUCGUGUUUAGAUACAAGACCAUUGACUAUUCUUUUGAUGUAUCAUCAUCUUCAUCAAAUAGUAUUCACUAUAAAUACGAUCACAAUAAUAGCAAUAGCAAUAGCAAUAACAAUAGCAAUUAUAGAUACUACUCUAACUUCAAAUUAAAUAAGGAUCAACCAUCAAUCACAUCACAACCAUUAUCAAAGUUUGAAAAUAGUCACAAUAAUAAUAAUAAUAAUAAUAAUAAUAAUAAUAAUAAUAACAAUAAUAGUAAUGGUAGUAAUGGUAGUGGAGAGUUUGGUCGUACUGCUAGAGGAUACCUUUUGGCAUUAGGGUUAGGUUUUACUGUUGGUUUCGUUGGAUACAAGUAUUGUUUCAAUGAAGAGUACUUGUUCUCUUCACAUAUUGGUAAUGUCAACAAAGAGAUGGUUGAGAAGUUCAAUCAUAUCGCUGCUGCAUUUUCAAAUGGUAAUAAGCAAGCUGUUUCUACUACUACUACUACACCUGAACACCACCAUUCAAAAGGAGAUGUGAUUGAGAAUAUUUCAGAGUUGGUACAAACAUUGGAGAAUCAAUUGAUCGAGCCAAAGACAGUAGUGGUCGCAGAGACAAUUAAAGACGUUGUCAAGGAACAAGCCAACGACGCCACCGAACAAUUGGACAAGAAAGAGAUCCCUGAUCUUUCACUCGAAGCUAUCAUCCAGAAAAGAGUUGAACCAAUCAUUGAUGAUUUAUUGGAUGAAAUUGAAACAUUGGUCAUUGUCAGUCAACAAGAAGAAGAACAAGAUAAGGAACAAGAAGAUAAAAAAGAUAAGAAAGAAAAUGGUGAUGAUGAAGAACCAAUUAUUACUGAAGUCAUUACAACCACUAUAGUUACACCAUCUGAUGAAUAUACAGAUACAACUAAAAUCUAUGAUACACUAGAUAAGAUUAUUGGUGAUGAUGAAAAUGAACAAGUAGAUAUCACCAUUCAACCAAAUGAACAAGAUCAAACCAAUACAACCACCAUUACCACCACUCCAUCUUCUUCCAUUGAAGAUCAACAACAAGAGGAUAGCUCUUCACCAACAAAGGAUGUUCCAAUAGAUAAUUUAGAUCAUUUACUUGCUAUUUUAGAAAAGCAAUAUAUUACUCAAAUCAAACAAUUAUUAUUGGAAAAUGUUAAAUUAAAAGAAGAAAUAGAAUCAAUUAAAUCAAGUGAAAAAGGAUAUAUGGAGAAAUUUGAAGAUGCAAUUCAAAAGUUGUAUAAUGAACAAUUUGAUGAAAAGGUGAGAGAGAUUACCAAGGAUUCGAUUGGCAAGUUGGAAGAGAUGGAACAAUCAUUCAAGCAAACAUUGGAUCAAUCAUACGACCAAUUGAAUGACUCUGUUAAGAAACAACGUGACAAUUUAACAGGUAUUUUCGAAGGUCAAAAGAAACGUAUUCAAGACAUUGAAGCCGACAAGAAGCUCAUCAGCGCACUCACCGUGUCAUUGGUCGAUUUGAAACGUGCCGUCAAGGAAUUUGACGCCUACACACCUCUACACAACCAAGUCAAACAGUUGAAAGAGUUGGCAAUGGCCGACACGGACAACCUCAUCGACACUGUUGUCAAGGCACUGCCAGCCAGCGUAUCGCAGUAUGGUGUUGCAUCCAUCAACAUGAUCCGCGACAGCUUUGCAGAAAUGUCGGCCGAGUUGAGAAAGGAAUCAUUGUUGCCAGACGACGAGUCAUUCCUCGGCCGUGCGCUAUCGGCCAUUGCCUCUAAACUCAUUGUCCCUGAGAAGGGUAUGGUCCAAGGUGACGAUAUCGACAGUACAUUGGCUCGUGCCGAAGAAUUCCUCAAGCAAGGUGACUUGAACAAUGCAAUCCGUGAAGUAGAGGGUAUCAACAAGCGUAACCCACGUCUUGCCAACCUCACCAAAGAAUGGACUAAAACUGCCAACGAUAGAAUGAUCGUUGAUAAUGUAGUCCAAAUUUUAGAAUCUAAACUUAAACAUAUUAGUAAUGAUCUUAAACAAUUUCAACAUCAACAACAACAACAAAAUUAA